AUGAGACAAGCAUUAUAUCGAGCGAAAAAGAAACAACAGCAACAACAGCAAUCAAUACAAUCAACAUCAACAGUUACGAUAUCAAGAAAUGAUCUUCGAAAACGUGAAGGUUUACAACGUCGUCGUCAAAAUAUUGCAAAAUUCAAAUUACAGAUACGCCAAUUGCAAGAUGCUAACGAAAAAUUACAAAUAGAAAAUAAUCAAUUGAAAGAAAAACUAAUUUCUUUAACAUCAUCAUCAUCACCAAUGACAACAGUAACAACGACAACUCCAUCAUCAUCAUUACAGUCAUCAAAUGAAGACAUUACACCAAUUAGAUCACCAAUAUCACCAUCAACACUGUUUUUUCAACAUAUUAGUCCAAAUGCAAAACGUCGUGCUACAGCACGUAUGAUGGUUGACAAAUCGGAUUUACCACGUGGCAGUAUAAAUAGUGUUCGAAAGAAAUUUGGAUUUAAUUUGUCCAACCAAAAUUUGCCACCGAAAACAACAACAAUAUCAUCAAGAGAACUUACUGAAGCUAUUGAAAAAUUUUUGAAUGAUGAUGAUAAUACACGAUUAACACCAGAUAAAAACAACAUUAUAGAUGGUAAACAAGUUCGAUUUCUCUUAAAUCAUCUUAUCAAUCUUCAUCAGAAGUUUAUUCUAAAUACAAAUAUUGAUUGUUCGUAUUCAACUUUCACCAAACAUGUUCCAUCCUAUAUUGUUUCACCGAAACCAGACAAUUGGGGUACUUGUCUUUGUAUAACUUGUUUAAAUCCACAAAUUAAAGCUGAAAGAAUAAAUCAAUUGAAACAUAAACAUUCGAUUUUGAGUGGUUUGUCAUCCUUAAUUGAAAAUGAUUUAAUAUCAGUUGCUUCUGAUGAUAAAAAGGUUGAAGAUAUUUUGAAAGAACUGAAUUUGCUAAAAGCAGAAUCUUUUAUGGUUACUUAUGUGGAAUGGGUCCAAAUAAAAAGUCACAGAAGUAGUGGUCUUAUUUCAACGAAAAAAACUAUGACAAAUGAAUUUGGUGUAUUUUGCUCGAAACUUAUUGAUGAAAUAGCUAAACUUGAAGAACAUUUGCAACUGGUUCAUGCUCAAUUUAGAGGUGCUAAAUUACUUCGUCAAUCGGCAUUAAUAGAUGAAAAUGUAAUUACUAUGCAAAUCGAUUGGUCUGAAAAUUACAAUUUAAAGCAAGCCAGAGAGGAACGCUGUGCGUUUUGAUGAAAAUUUAGUUAUUGCUCCUUAAAGAUGUUCAGAUUUUUGUUUCUUUUAGCGGCCUACUAUUUCGAACAGCAUAUUUCUAUAGCUACUGGAUAUAUUUGGAGGAAAGACAGUUGUUUCAGCUUUGGAUGUUUAUCGGAUGACACACGUCAUUUAUUUGAAAGCACAUGGGCAGCCAUUCGUGGUUUAUUAGAAGAACUGUUGAGUGGACAAGAGAACAGACAAAUUACUGAUUUGAAUAUCAUAUCUGAUUCUCCAUCAAGUCAAUAUCGAAACAAAACCACUUUUUUCUUUUUAAAACAUUAUGCUACCCAUGUAAACACCAGACGCAAAAUAUACGCGUCUGAUCGCAGUUUGUUUGUAAACCGCGUUCAGUCGCGGUAAAAAUCGACUUUUACUCCGUCUGAACGCGUGUUAAUUUAGCACCGCGUCUAUACGCAGCUGAAAAGUUUUUUGAAAUGCGUUUGGACGCGAGUGCAAAUAAAAACGCGUUCAGACGCGGUUACAAUCGGUUUUCACCGCGUUUGAACGCGCUUUCAUUUAGCAUCGCGUCUAUACGCAGCUGAAAAAGUUUUUUGAAACGCGUUUCGACGCGAAUGUAAAUGAAAUCGCGUUUGUACGCAGCUGAAAAAGUAUAUUGAAAUGCGUUUGGACGCGAGUGUAAAUUAAAAUGCGUUCAGACGCGGUCACAAUUGGUUUUCACCGCGUUUGAACGCGCUUUCAUUUAGCAUCGCGCCUAUACGCAGCUGAAAAAGUUUUCUGAACCGCGUUUCGACGCGAGUGUAAAUGAAGUCGCGCUCAGACGCGGAUAGAAAUCGAUUUCUAUCCGCGUCUGAACACAAUUGCAUCUAAAAAGCAUCCAGGUGUGGUCAUAAGAG